CAAUGCCGGCGCUAGGACCGCGCGGAUGCAUACUUGGCCAGGCCGCAGUGCUUUACCGGGUCUAGGCCGCCUGAGUCACCAGCCCCGCCCUACGGAGCCGGACGCUGCCGGAGGCCCGGGAGCAGCACAGGCGAACGGACCCGCGGACGUGUGAGCUAGGCGGAAUCUAAAUUCGCAGCCAUGUUCCUGGUUAACUCGUUCUUGAAGGGAGGCGGCGGCGGGGGAGGUGGGGGCCUGGGCGGAGGCCUGGGGAAUGUGAUCGGAGGCCUGAUCAGCGGGGCCGGAGGAGGAGGCGGCGGCGGCGGCGGCGGCGGCGGAGGAGGCGGAGGCGGUGGCGGAACUGCCAUGCGCAUCCUGGGCGGGGUUAUUAGUGCCAUCAGUGAGGCAGCUGCACAAUACAACCCAGAGCCUCCGCCUCCACGCACCCAUUACUCCAACAUUGAGGCCAAUGAGAGUGAGGAGGUCCGGCAGUUCCGGAGGCUCUUUGCCCAGCUGGCUGGAGAUGACAUGGAGGUCAGUGCUACAGAACUCAUGAACAUUCUCAACAAGGUCGUAACCCGACACCCUGAUCUGAAAACUGAUGGUUUUGGCAUUGACACAUGUCGCAGCAUGGUGGCCGUGAUGGAUAGUGACACCACAGGCAAGCUGGGCUUCCAAGAAUUCAAGUACUUGUGGAACAACAUCAAAAAGUGGCAGGCCAUAUAUAAACAGUUUGAUGUUGACCGUUCAGGUACCAUUGGCAGCAGUGAACUCCCAGCAGCCUUUGAGGCAGCAGGGUUCCACCUGAAUGAACAUCUCUACAACAUGAUCAUCCGGCGCUACUCAGAUGAAGGAGGGAACAUGGAUUUUGACAACUUCAUCAGCUGCCUGGUCAGGCUGGAUGCUAUGUUCCGUGCCUUCAAAUCUCUUGACAAGGAUGGCACUGGACAAAUUCAAGUGAACAUCCAGGAGUGGCUGCAGCUGACGAUGUAUUCCUGAAUGAGAACCCCAGACCUGCCCCCUCAUUGCCUUGCUAUAGGAGUCCCCUUGGAUUCUUCCGUCUCUCCCAGGGCUGAGCCAGUCUGCAGUGUUGCCUUCAUGGGUCCUACUGGCCCACAGGUCUUUCGGUUCCCCCAGCCCUUGGCACUCGGCUUUUCAGUCAACAGCCAGGGCCUGACAUGCCCCGACGCGCCAUGCCCUGAGUUACCCCUGGCUCUGAGACACUCUAACACACCCUGCUCCAAGGGUUACCCCACGCCCAGCACACCCAUCCCACACCCACUCCAUAACCCCUCUCAUGUACAUGUGCCAAACCCAACAGUUAUGUUGCUUCCACACCCCAAGGGCCCUUCCCUCAGUUCUGGGAGGCUCCCUCCAGUCCCUACACACUCUGGCACACUUGUUCACAGUUACUACCCUGGCCGAACUCCAGGCCAUAAUAGGCCCAGGCGCCCCUGUGCCUUUGUCUCUACUCUGCUCUCAGCCUGCCAGGCCCAGGAGGAAAUAAAAGCACCCCAGUUGCUGCUGUCUCUGA